AUGUACGCGAUAUGUGUCACCACUUCGUCGGCAGAGAAAAUGUUUGAGAGUGCUCAUGUUAAAGAUGUUGUCUCGUGGAACGCCCUCAUCGGCUCAAUGGCAAAUAGUGUUCGACCAAUCAGAGCACUUGAUUUCUUCUUGAAAAUGUGUAGGACUGGAUUAUCACCUAAUGAAAGAACAUUCACUAACGAGUUCACCGCUUGUUCAAGGCUGCAACUUCUAUCGUGUGGAGAAUGCUUCCAUGCAAAUUUUAUUAAGAAACGAUACAAGUCUGAUGUGUACAGCGGCACCGUUUUGGUUAAUUUUUACUCGAAAUAUGAUAAACCGCAAGAAGCGCGUGUUUGUUUCGAUCGUAUAACUCAGAAAAAUACUGUUUCUUGGAAUUCAUUAAUGCUGGGGUAUUCGAGCAUGGGUUCUUCUUUUUCCGUAACGCUGCUUCAAGAAAUGAUUCAGUCAGGCUAUCACCCGAAUGAGCUGUCAUUUUCGAUCGUUAUUAAGUCGUCAUUAAAAACGGAGUUGCUACAUCUUCAUUCACUGACAAUCAAAAAUGGCUACCAUGAGAAUUGUUACGUGUCAAGUUCUCUUAUAAGCUCUUACGCAAGAAACGGUCUGGUGUCCGAAGCCUUGACUUUUGUCGGAUCUGCUCAGACAAAGUCUUCUGUUGUUUCAUCCAAUAUUAUUGCAUGGAUUUAUAACCGAACUGGACUGUACGAAAAAGCACAAGAAUUCUAUGCCGAUAUUGAGAAUCCUGACGCGGAAGUUCUCUUCAGUCAUAUUCUCAAGACUUAUUAUGAGUUACGCGAUACGUUUGUUUCCAGCACUAUGAUCGACAUGUACGGGAAAUGUGGAAGCAUUGAGAGUUCGAUUAAAAUAUUUUACGAGACGACAAGAAAGAACAUUAUUUCUUGGACUGCUCUUAUCUCGACCCUUGGACUACAUGGCUAUGCAAAUGAAGUGAUGGAAAGAUUUGGAGAGAUGGUGAAAAUGGGUAUCGAGCCCGAUAAGCUUGCCUUUUUAAGUGUUCUCUCGGCUUGUAGACAUGGUGGAUUGGUUAAACAGGGGACGAAUUUGUAUAGAGAAAUGAAAGUGAAGUACGGAGUUGAACCGGAUAUUGACCAUUAUGUCCUUGUUGUCGAUUUGUUGACGAGAUACGGACAUAUAAAAGAAGCGGAGCAAGUCAUUUUGGGAAUGCCUAUUGCACCGAAUGCACUGAUAUGGCGUGGUUUUGUUGACGGCUCAAUCGUGGCAUUCGAACUCAGAAUCGCUAUCAAAAUCAUCAUCAUCUUUAUGGCUUUUGUUAAGAUCUGCAAUGACGGCGACGGAGACGGCAACGGCAACGACGACGACGACUUCAACGGAAUUGGCAUCGUCGUUCUGGAGGUGAGGUCGGUGGUUGGUUCUUCAUCUUCCGAUAAGAGAGAAUGA